AUGGAGGCAGACUAUGAUGAGCAGGAGCGCCAUGCCAUUGAGCAAGAGCUCCACAUUGAAAUCCUUCCUGGCACGGAGGUGAUGGCGGAUAUUGGAUCCCACCAUUUCGUCAAGAGUGUCGGCAAGAACCAUCGCGUUCUGGUGCCGCAACCAUCAGAGGAUCCCCAUGAUCCGUUAAAUUGGGCGAAAAGCUGGAAGCUUGCCGCCAUCGUGGCAUCUAGUAUGGUCAGCUUCACCCAAGGCUUUGGACCGCUCUCCUUGGCACCUAUGUUUGGCGACUACAUCGAGGCGUUCGAUUGCUCCCUGGCCGACGCGGUGCAAUUUACUGGUGUCGCUAUCCUCGUCCUUGGUUUCAGCAACUUCAUCUGGGUACCUCUCAGCACUUCAUUCGGUCGCCGCCCUGUCUACAUUUUCUCCCAAUUGAUCUGUCUUGGUUCUGCCAUUUGGCGCGCCCGAGCACAGACCUACGGCUCCUUCAUGGGCGCCUGCGUCCUCAAUGGCAUCGGAGCGGGCCCUGCUGAAACUAUCCAGCCGGCCGUCAUUGCCGACAUCUUCUUCCUCCACGAUCGCGGCAAAUGGAACACCCUCUACUGGGUUAUCUACAUGGGAUCGCUUAUGGUUGCCCCGAUCAUAUCUGGGGCUAUGGCCGAGAACGUCGGAUGGAGGAAUUUCUGGUGGCUGUACACCGCUCUGGUCGCCCUUUCUCUCGUGAUGGUUGUUUUCAUGUUCCCGGAAACGAAGUGGCACCGACAGCACCCUAGCGAUGUGAUCAGACGUUCCAUGGCUGAGCAAGGCGGCAAAGUCGAGGGUUCGGAAAAGCAAGGGGACGGUGUUCUUGAACAAGGGGCCGCAAACAACGAACUGCGCCACGUCGACACUGCUGCUCGCGACCCCUGGCUCGGCCGUGGCAAGCCAAGCAAGUCCCAAUGGGGUCUCUAUACACCAAACCCAGAUCCCGUCAGGGCGAUCCUCCUCGAUCUCUGGAUUCCAUGGAAGCUCUUUGCGUUCCCCAUCGUCGAACUGGCAGCCUUUUGCGUCAGCUGGAGCUGCUCUUCGUUCUUGACCCUUAACUUGACCCAGACUCAAGCCUUCGCUGCGCCUCCGUACAACUUCACCACCGAGCAAAUCGGCUUCACCAACUUUGCCAUCCUGGUCGGUGCCAUGAUCGGCUUGUUCACAGCCGGGCCUUUCUCCGACUGGGUUUCGGCGCGCCAGACGGCGAGAAACGGCGGCAUCCGUGAGCCUGAAAUGCGCUUGCUGGCCAUGAUUCCGUACGUGAUCAUCAUGUACUUUGGCAACAUCAUCGUCAGCGUGGGCUACGAGAACGAAUGGCCGUGGCAGGCAAUCGUCAUCAUUGGCUACACCUGCGCUGGUAUCCAGGUUGCGGCGAUUCCUGGUAUUGUCUCGACAUACGCUGUCGACAGCUAUAAGCCUGUCGCUGGCAGCUUGUUCGUGGCUAUCACUGUGAACAAGAAUGUCUGGGGUUACGGCUUCAGCAAGUUCAUCACGAACUGGAUCGAGGAGGAUGGCUAUAUCCCGCCCAUCAUGACGAACGCAUCACUCAUACUCUUGUGGUGUCUGUGUGCCAUUAUCUUCUACUUCUACGGGAAGACCUUCCGGAGGUGGUCGAAAAACAGCAGCGUCCAUCGGAUGUAG